CCGCUCACACCAGGAUUUGCAGCACUGUUGGCAGCAGCGGCUGAUUUGGGCACGGGGAGAGGAAUUGAUUCGUCUACAGCCAGCCGGGAGUUGCCUAUGCGGACGGACGUGGAGAGACAGACAGGGGAGAGAGGGAGAAGAGAGAGAGGAGCGAGAGAGAGAGCGAGAGAGAGAGAGAGAGAGAGAGAGAGAGAGAGAGAGAAGGAGAGAGAGCGCAGCUUGCAGUGCAGACCUGCCUCCAUGUGGACUGUAGCCCCAGAGCCGUUUCCUUGCCCUCGGACUGGCUGAGUUUUCCUUCUCUGCUGGGCACCUCCGCGGAGCCUCCAAACCAAGUCGCUGGGAGUUCGCCUCUUCCCCUCCGCAGGGAAGAGAGGCUUCGGCAAGAACCGGGCUCCCCCCGCCCCCACCCGCACCCCGUGCCGGCCCCUGCAGUGCUCCGGUGCUGAGGCGCCCCGACUGUCACCAUGACCGACACGGUGUUCAGCGGCGGCUCCAGCCGCUGGACGUACCCCAGCGACCGGCCCCUUCAGUCCAGUGAUAAAGAACAGCUGCAGGGGGGCUGGACCGCGCACCCCAGCGGGCAGCCCGCGGGCCAGCGGACGCAGGAGGAGCUGACGGACGAGGAGAAGGAGAUCAUCAACAGCGUGAUCGCGCGCGCCGAGAAGAUGGAGGCCAUGGAGCAGGAGCGCAUCGGGCGCCUGGUGGACCGUCUGGAGAACAUGAGGAAGAACGUGGCGGGGGACGGGGUGAGCCGCUGUAUCCUGUGUGGGGAGCAGCUGGGGGCACUGGGCUCGGCCCGCGUCGUGUGUGAAGACUGUAAGAAGAACAUCUGCACCAGGUGUGGCGUGGAGACCUCCAACAACCGCCCGCACCCCGUGUGGCUCUGCAAAAUCUGCGUUGAGCAGAGGGAGGUGUGGAAGCGUUCUGGAGCGUGGUUCUUCAAGGGCUUCCCCAAGCAGGUCCUUCCCCAGCCAAUGCCUAUAAGGAAGACCAAACCCCAGCAGCCUGUCCAUGAGCCUGCUGCCCCCGAGCAGCCCACCCCUGAGCCCAAGCACACUGCCCGGGCUCCGGCUCAAGGCCCUGAGCCGGCCGCCGCUCCUGGGCGAGGAAGCCAUGGGCCUCCGGUGCGCAGGGCCUCCGAGGCGCGAAUGAGCAUGGCCAGCCGGGACGCGGACAGCUGGGACCAAGGUGCGGCCGGGGACACUGGCCGGGGCCCUGCAGGUUUGCGACGUGCCAACUCAGUCCAGGCUGCCAGGGUCGCCCCUGCUUCAACCAUGCAGAGCCCAGCACCUGCCCAGCCUGGGCAGCCAGGCCCCCUUGGAGGCAGCAGACCCAGCCCCGCGCCCGCAGGACGCUUUCCGGACCAGAGAGCAGAAACAGCGCCCAGUGACCCCAGCCACACAGGGGCCAUGGCCCCGGCCAGGGAGGAGCGGAUCGGGGCAGCCGGAGGCUACUCAGCGGCUGGUGCCAGGGAGGACCGAGCGGGCCCCCCUGCAGGCUCCUAUCCCCCUGCGCCGGCGGCCACCACCAGCCCUGCCCGCCAGCCCCCACCCCCAGAAGAGGAGGAGGAGGAAGCCAACAGCUACGACUCUGAUGAAGCAACCACGCUGGGUGCCCUGGAGUUCAGCCUCCUGUAUGACCAGGACAGCAGCUCCCUCAACUGUACCAUCCUGAAGGCCAAGGGCCUGAAGCCCAUGGAUUCCAACGGCCUGGCCGACCCCUACGUGAAGCUGCACCUCUUGCCCGGGGCCAGCAAGUCCAAUAAGCUCCGGACAAAGACCCUGCGGAACACGCGGAACCCGGUGUGGAACGAGACUCUAGUGUACCACGGCAUCACGGACGAGGACAUGCAGAGGAAGACGCUCAGGAUCUCCGUCUGUGACGAGGACAAAUUCGGGCAUAACGAGUUUAUCGGGGAGACCAGAUUCUCGCUCAAGAAACUGAAGCCCAAUCAGAGGAAGAAUUUCAACAUCUGCUUGGAGAGGGUCAUCCCCAUGAAGCGCGCGGGCACCACCGGGUCCGCCCGAGGCAUGGCCCUGUAUGAGGAGGAGCAAGUGGAGCGCAUCGGGGACAUCGAGGAACGCGGCAAGAUCCUGGUGUCCCUCAUGUACAGCACGCAGCAGGGCGGCCUCAUCGUGGGCAUCGUGCGCUGCGUGCACCUGGCCGCCAUGGACGCCAACGGCUACUCGGACCCGUUCGUCAAGCUCUGGCUGAAACCAGACAUGGGGAAGAAGGCCAAGCACAAGACUCAGAUCAAGAAGAAGACGCUGAACCCCGAAUUCAACGAGGAGUUCUUCUAUGACAUCAAGCACAGUGACCUGGCCAAGAAGUCCCUGGACAUCUCCGUCUGGGACUACGACAUCGGCAAGUCCAACGACUACAUCGGGGGCUGCCAGCUGGGCAUCUCGGCCAAGGGGGAGCGCUUGAAGCACUGGUACGAGUGCCUGAAGAACAAGGACAAGCGCGUGGAGCGCUGGCACCAGCUGCAGAACGAGAACCACGUGGCCAGCGACUAGGGCGGCAUCCCGCGCCCGGCCCCCGCCCGCCCACAGCCCUGCCCCCCCACGCCCCACCUGGAGCCCGCCCCACCGCGGGCACUGCAGACCCUCCUCCCGCCUCGGGGGGCUCCGGGCUCAGCCCCCAGCCCCUCCAGGGUGGAAAGGAGGCAUGGGGGGGCCGUCUCGCGGGAGGGGACUCUGUGAACAGCCUCGCGGCCACCAUCCUGCUUCGAGGCUGUCCUCGACCCUCCGGACAUGCACGACCUGUCACCUCUGCUGCAGCCGACCCACGAGGCCCCCCGCCACAACCUGCACCCUGAUUGCCACAUACACAGGCCCUGGGACUCGGGGCCCCAAAGCCAGCAUGGCACUCACGGGGGGGGGGCAAGAGGGACUGCCUCUCCCCAAAGAUGCCACCUGUUUGCUUAGUCACCAAAAGCCACUGAGACCCCAGUUGCUGCGUGGCACCACCACCUCUGCCCUCCCCCCCUCCCACUUAAUCGGGUAAAAUGGCCAAAGAGUGAGUCCUGGAGGCCAGAGCAAUUGUACAGCGGGGAGGGCGUUUGCCUUGCACGUGGCCGACCCGGGUUUGAUCCCUGGCAUCCCAUGUGGUCCCCCGAGUACCGCUAGGAGUGAUUCCUGAGUGCAGAGCCAGGAAUAACCCCUGAGCAUCGCCGGGUGUGACCCAAAAAGCAAAAAAUAGAAUAACAAUAGUAAUAAUAAGUGAAUCCUUAUGUGCCCUCCCGCAUCUCCUCUGCCCAGCCUGACCAGCAAACUCAGAGAGCAGUGAGCCCCCCGCGGCCACCUGGGCCCGCCUUCUGAAACACUCCCCGGUGGGCAGGCGAACCAGGGCCCUUGGUCGGUGGGUGCCCCUGGCCUCCCUGGUGGCCUCAGGGAGCAAAGGGUCCAGAACUCAGGGUGUGGGACCUGCCCAGCCCCCAGCUGUCCCCCGUCCCCGCUCUUAGUUACAUGGCAAAGCCGGGCCCCUCAGCCUGUCUCUGCCCUCGGCAUCACAUGGCCAGGCAGGAGGGCAGAACCGUGCGGAUCCUCUAAAGACUCAAGAUGACAAAGGCCUCAGCCCGGGGCCGGUCAGCCCAUCUCCCUUCCUUCAAGGGAAUAAACUCUGGAGAUGUGCACCAGGGGAAAAAAAAAAAACCACAGGGGCAAACGCUGACCCUCCCGCCAGACUCAGGCCCCUUCGAGCUUAGCUUCCCAGUGCCUGUUCAAUCUCCCGUCCUUGCGGAGCACCCUCCGCCCCCUCUCUGUCAAUAGAGGCCAUCAGAUGAGCCCUGAGACUCACAGUGACCCCACUCACACCCCCCUCUUCCACCCCAUCUUUGGGGACACGGAUCUCUCACCUGGAGUCACCGUUCCUGAAAGAUCCCUGGGCCAGCCCAUAGCUUCCUGGCUACCCCCAGCUCCCCCGGGGCCCUCUCCCUGCUGCUGCCCGUGCUCAGCGCCUUGGAGCAAGCAUGCUGGCUGUCCGCGGGGACCGGCGCUGGAAUCAGCAUGCAGCAAGCUCUGGGCCAUCCGGGCGCCCGAUCGCCCCCACCAACGGAACCGCCUUCUGCGUAGAACCCACACGCCCUCUGGUGCAUGCCAGCCUGCCCUCCGCCCCCACUUUCUUCGUGAUAAUGUAGCCUCAAAUAAAGUAGGAAUAUCCAGGAAAA